AGAGAAUCUUAUCAAGACCUGAGAAAAGGUGAAGUUUUGUUAUCAAACCAACGGAAUGGAGAGUAUGAAUUUAUUUUAUAUUGUGAAACGUAUUUUUAUUUCGUACCCGCCUAAACAAGGAGUUUGAUUUUUUUUUUUUUUACAUGCUAUAAUUGAAAUCAUACGCUAUUUUAAUUUUAAAAAUGUGGUGGUUUCUAUGGGGGGUAUUUUUUAAGGGGGAAAAGUAAAAUGGGACAUCAAAGUUAUCAGCGUAGACUUUCAAUAGCGACUUGAUAAGACCGUAAUCAUUGUCUCACUGUCAACACAUAAACCAGUGGUUGAGGUAACGUGUGGAUGCAGGGCAGGGAGGUAGUGAUGGAGAUAGCGGUAGAGGGAAUGGUGGUAGAAGGAGGUGUAGGUAGGGAAGGAGGUAUGGGUUGGAGGUAGUUCUUAAGGUAGGGUUGGGGGGAAAGGGGUGUAGGUGGUGUCGGAGGCAUGGGAUGGAGGUAGAGGUGGGUGGAGGAAAGCUUGAUAUAUCGAGGCCUGGAACAAGAAUAUUUCAACUGACUUCAUGACAUACAUUCAUGUCCUACUGACUUCAUGACAUACAUUCAUGUCCUACUGACUUCAUGACAUACAUUCAUGUCCUACUGACUUCAUGACAUACAUUCAUGUCCUACUGACUUCAUGACAUACAUUCAUGUCCUACUGACUUCAUGACAUACAUUCAUGUCCUACUGACUUCAUGACAUACAUUCAUGUCCUACUAAGUUUUGGUCCCCGUUUUUUUUUUCUUUUAUUACGUUUUUAUUUAUAAUUUUAAAUAACGGCCAUAAAUACAUCAAAAAUCAUUUUUAUAUGUUUUAUGUAUAUUUGCUUAGCAAGAACAGCUUCCUUUGCGUCAGAUUUAACAGGGAAACAAAGUCGAAAAGAAUCUUAUCAAGACCUGAGAAGAGGUAAAGUUUUGUUAUCAAAUCAACGGAAUGUAGAGUAUAAAUUUAUUAUAUAUUGUCAAACGUGUUUUAUAGCGUACACGCCUCAACAUAGAGUAUAUUUUUUUUUAUUUUAUAAAUGAAAUCAUAUGUUAUUUUAAUUACCGCUUUUGGCUUUUUUUUUUUUAAGGGGAAUGGAAAAAUGGGAUUCAAAAAUUGUCGGCACAAUGUUUCAAUUGCUGCUUAAUUCGUCCGUAACCAUUGUAAUCCUUGUCUGGCUGUAAGUCUGUAAUCAUUGUAAUCAUUGUCUGGUUGUAAGUCCGUAACCAUUGUAAUCCUUGUCUGGUUGUAAGUUCAUAAUCAUUGUCUCGCAGUAAGUUUGUAAUCAUUGUCUCGCUGUAAGUCUGUAAUCAUUGUCUGGCUGUAAGUCUGUAAUCAUUGUAAUCCUUGUCUGGUUGUAAGUCCGUAAUCAUUGUCUCGCAGUAAGUCCGUAAUCAUUGUCCCGCAGUAAGUCUGUAAUCAUUGUCUCGCUGUAAGUCUGUAAUCAUAGUCGGGUUGUAAGUCCGUAACCAUUGUAAUCCUUGUCUGGUUGUAAGUCCGUAACCAUUGUAAUCCUUGUCUGGUUGUAAGUGCGUAAUCAUUGUCUCGCAGUAAGUCCGUAAUCAUUGUCUGGUUGUAAGUCAGUAAUCACUGUCUGGCUGAAAGUCUGUAAUCAUUGUCUGGUUGUAAGUCCGGAAUCAAUGUCUCGCUGUAAGUCUGUAAUCAUUGUCUCGCUGUAAGUCUGUAAUCAGUGUCUGGCUGUAAGUCUGUUAUCAUUGUCUAGUUGUAAGUUCGUAAUCAUUGUCCGGUUGUAAGUCCGUAAUCAUUGUCUCGCAGUAAGUAUGUAAUCAUUGUCUGGCUGUAAGUCUGUAAUCAUUGUCUAGUUGUAAUUCCGGAAUCAUUGUUUCGCUGUAAGUCUGUAAUCAUUGUCUUGCUGUAAGUCUGUAAUCCUUGUCUCGCUGAAAGUCUGUAAUCAUUGUCUUGCUGUAAGUGUGUAAUCAGUGUCUGGCUGUAAGUCUGUAAUCAUUGUCUGGUCGUAAGUUCGUAAUCAUUGUCUGGUUGUAAGUCCAGAAUCAUUGUCUCGCUGUAAGUCUGUAAUAAUUGUCUUGCUGUAAGUCUGUAAUCCUUGUCUCGCUGUAAGUCUGUAAUCAUUGUCUUGCUGUAAGUGUGUAAUCAGUGUCUGGCUGUAAGUCUGUAAUAAUUGUCUGGUCGUAAGUUCGUAAUCAUUGUCUGGUUGUAAGUCUGUAAUCAAUGUCUCGCUGUAAGUCUGCAAUCAUUGUCUGGCUGUUAGUCUGUAAUCAUUGUCUGGUUGUAAGUCCGGAAUCAUUGUCUCGCUGUAAGUCUGUAAUCAUUGUCUCGCUGUAAGUGUGUAAUCAGUGUCUGGCUGUAAGUCUGUAAUCAUUGUCUGGUUGUAAGUUCAUAAUCCUUGUCUGGUUGUAAGUCCGUAAUCAUCGUCUCGCAGUAAGUCUGUAAUCAUUGUCUUGCUGUAAGUGUGUUAACUGUGUCUGACUGUAAGUAUGUAAUCAUUGUCUGGUUGUAAGUCCGGAAUCAUUGUCUCGCAGUAGGUCCGUAAUCAUUGUCUCGCAGUAAGUCUUUAAUCAUUGUCUCGCUCUAAGUCUGUAAUCAUUGUCUCGCUGUAAGUCUGUACUCAUUGUCUGGCUGUAAGUCUGUAAUCAUUGACUUGCGGUAAGUCUGUAAUCAUUGUCUCACUUUAAGUUUGUAAUCAUUGUCUCACUGUAAGUCCGUAAUCAUUGUCUCGCUGUAAGUCUCUAAUCGUUAUCUGGCUUUAGUUCGUUAUCAUUGUCUCGCUGUAAAUCUGUAAUCAUUGUCUCGCUGUAAGUCUGUAAUCAUUGUCUGGCUGUAAGUCUGUAAUCAUUGUCUCGCUGUAAGUCUGUAAUCAUUGUCUGGCUGUAAGUUUAUUAUCAUUGUCUCGCUUUAAGUCUGUAAUCAUUGUCUGGCUGUAAGUCUGUAAUCAUUGUCUCGCUGUAAGUUUGUAAUCAUUGUCUGGCUGUAAGUCCGUAAUUAUUGUCUCGCAGUAAGUCGGUAUCAUUGUCUUGCUAUAAAGUCCCUUAUAAUUGUCUCGCCUUAAGUCCGUAAUCACUGUCUAGCUGUAAGUCUGUAAUCACUGUCUGGCUGUAAGUCUGUAAUCAUUGUCUCGCUGUAAAUCCGUAAUCCAGCGGUUGAGGCAAGGGGUGGAUGUAGGUGUGGAAGUAGUGAUGGAACUACCAGUGAAGUGAAUGUUAGUUUAAGUAGUGGGGUGUAGAGUGGAAUUAGGGAAGGAGGAAGUGGCUGUGGUAUGGGUGUUGAAGGGGUGGAGGUAGGGUUGACAUAAGGGGGGGGUAAGGGGUUGAAGUAGUAGUUGGUAUUAGGGUGGAGGUAUGGGUUGGAAUGAAGAGGGUGGGGGUAGGGCUGGACGUAGGAGUACAGGAAAAGUAGUGAGAUAGGAGUGGAAGUAGGGAUUGAGGAAGUGUUGGAUGUAGGGGUUGGAGUUUCGGGAGCUGAUAGGGGUGUAGGUACAGGAUUGAAAUAGUGUUGGACUUAGUGGUGAGGGUAAGGGAUUCGGUUGGUGGCAAAGGUCAUGGUGGAGGCUGGGGGUGGGUGGAGAAAAGCUAUAUAUCGAUGCGUGGAACAUGGAUGUUUCAAAUGACUUCAUGACAUACAUUCAUGUAAUAUUAAAGUUUGGUCUCCUUUUUUUUUCUUCUUUCAUUACUUUUUUAAUUUAUAAUUUUAAAAAAGUCCAUAAAUUUCUUUACAGUAUUCUUUAUUCAUUUUAUGUUUAUUUAUAUCAGAACGAAUAGCUUCCUUUGCGUCAGAUGUAGCAGAGAAAGAAAGUCGAAAAGAAAUUGAUCCAGACCUGAGAAAAGGUGAAGUUUUGUUAUCAAACCAACGGAAUGGAGAGUAUGAAUUUAUUUUAUAUUGUGAAACGUAUUUUAUAGCGUACACGCCUCAACAUAGAGAUGUUGUUGUUUUUUGUGUUUUUUUUUUUUUUUUUUUUUUUGUGGGAUGAUAAUUUUGGAUGACAAAAUUCCCAUUUUUAAAAUUUCAAAUGCAACUUUAUUGAUCAAUAUUUUUGUUUUUUUUUUUUUUUUUUUUUUUUUUUUUUUUUUGUUUUUUUUUUUUUUUUUUUUUUUUUUUUUUUUUUUUUUUUUUUUUGUGGAAUGAUAAUUUGGGAUGACAAAAUUCCCAUUUAUAAACUUUCAACUGCAACUUUAUUGAUCAAUAAUCCUUCUCUCAAUUUAAAUUAAUAACGAUUGUCUCGAUGUAAGUCCAUAACAAUUCCCCCCAAUCACUGUGAUUGAAGAACGUGUUUUGUUUAGUCUUAUAACUGUACGAUAUUUCACACACAUCCAACGCCAAACUGUUGCACGGUAAUCUCGCGCCAUUCAUAUGUUUAGCAAUCUAUGGGGACUCGAUUUCCUUGUUGUUGUUUUUACAUCAACCUGACCAUAACGCGACAUACAGUGUACUUUCUCCCAGUAAUCUCAAUGGUGACCAUGGCUAAAUGACUAGAGUCAUAAAUGACUUAUCAUUACCCAAAGUCAUUAAUGACUUAUCUUGACCUAGAGUCAUCCCUAGCUUAUCGUGAUGUAUUCUUCUUCUACCCCAGAUCAAAGCAUCAAUAGUUAAAAUUAAAUAUAAUAAAAAUAAUAAAGUUGAUCUGAAAACCACGCUUCAUCCCCAAGGCUUAAAGCGCGGUACAGAGUUUAGUAUAUUAAAAGAGAAAUGAAACAAUCUAUCAUAUACCACAUUGAAAUACAAAAUGCAGCAAUGCAAAAACUAUAUACAAGAAUACCUAGUCUAAGUCUUUCAUACCUAACAACCCUAAACAACACAGGCCAAUACACAUCAACAAGAUAAUAGUUAGAUAGACAACAUCAUCCCAGCAGGUGUUUGCGAAACAGAUAUGUCUUCAGAUCUGUUUUGAAAGACUCCCAGUGACUGGCUGUUUCUGAGAGCAACGGGAAGAGUGUUCCAAAUUGUUGGGCCAGCAAAUACGAAAGUGCGUCCCUCGUAAGUCUCAAGGCGAACACGUGGUAUCGAGAGUUAGCCACUAUCAGAUGAGCGGAGUUGUCUAGUGGGUACAUAAGGCGUCAGCAGCUCUUUGAGAUAGGAUAGUGCCAGGUCAUGCAUGCAGCGGUAGCACAAAGUUGCGAUUUUGUACUCUAUGCGAGAGCGGACCGGCAGCCAAUGCAACUCUCUCAGAAGUGUUUUAGCAUGGUCGAAUUUUUGUUUGCGAAGAACAAUGCGAGCCGCCUUAUUCUGUGCUUUUUUCAUUUUAUCUAGGAGCCUAGCUGGAAGACCCACCAUAAGAGCAAUUCAGUAGUCCCUGCGUGAUAGCACUAAUGCAGACAUCAGCUUAUUUGAUGCAUCUAGCAGUAGAGUUACAACUGCCUCUUUAAAAGAAGAUGGAACAAUACCAGAUUUUAAAGACUGAUUUAUGACAAUAGUUAUGAUAGGGACCAUUUCAUCUAAACAUUCGUACAGCAUCCUUGCCGGAAGAGGGUCAAACAAACAUGACUUUUUCAGGGAGUCAGUGAGGAUUUUCUUAACAUGCGAUUCAGUGACCUCUAAAAAUUCGUUUCAUAGGACUGCCUUUAAACGGCAAGGAAAUGCAAUUGGGGGGGGGGGGAGCUCUCAUAAAGGUUAACUGAUAGUGAUUUCAAAAGUUCCAAAUGUUAACCUUUCACCUUUAUUUUUAAUUCACAAGUCUUCUUUCUCAUAAGCAAUAAUGCGUUAUUCACAGGUAAAAACGCUCAUUAGUUAACAUUUCAUCACUCCAUUAACGCUAUGUUCAAUCUUGAGAUCAGAGCUUUAUAUGUUAACAGUCACGAGAAACCACACCAUCGUCUCAUUGAGAGGGGUGCAUGCCAAAAUUGAUCAAAUUUACUUUCAAUUGUGCAUUGCUGAAUAAAAUGAUCUUGAAUUUGUAGUAUGUAAAUAAAUAUCUACAUAUUUCAUGGUGGACACACGUGCAUUAUGUAACUAACUUGAUAUGUCACUUGGGCAGGGUUGCGUAGUGGUGGAGGUAAGGGGUGGAGGUAGUGGUGGAGGAAGGUGGUGGAGGUAAUGGAUGGAGAUCGGGGGUGGAGGUAGGAGGUGAAUCCAGUUGUUGAUGUAAGGGGUAGAUGUAAGGGUCGGGGGUAGUGCUGGAGGUAGCAGUGGAGGUAGUGGUGGAGGUUGGGGGUGGAGGUAAUGGUGGAGGUAGCUGUUGGAGAUAAGGGUGGAGUUGCGGGUCGACGUUGAAGGAGAGGGAGCAUAUUGGGGAUGAGGAAGGUAGUGGGUUAGGGUAGGCAGUGGAGGUUUGGGGGAGGGGAGGCAGUGGUAAAGAAUUGGGUGAAGCUAACGGGUUUUGGUAGGGGGUUGAAGUUGCGAUGAAAAUAAGUUGGAUGUGGUGGUGGAGGUAUGUGGUGAAAAUAUAACAUCGUUUCGUUUAUUGUUGUUAGUUGUAUCCAUAUUUAUUUCAGAAAGACGAUCUUCCAUUGCGUCAGAUUCAGGAGGGAAAGAACAGAGAAAAGAGUUGAGUCAACAAGGGAAGAAAGGUAAGGUUUCUUAUCAUACCAACGGAAUAUGACUGUAUUUGAUGAUGUAAAUCUUAUGUUUAUAGUGUAUACGCCGUGACAAAGGGUUUGAAUAUUUUUUUAAAAAUCUUUGUCAGUAUAUUCCAUUUUAUUGACUUUCAACUGCAACUUAAUUAGUACAUAAUCAAUAUCUAAAAAUAUGACCAUAAUCAUUGUCUCAAAGUAAGUUUAUGAUCAUUGUCUCAAAAAAGUCCAUAAUCAUUGUCUAAAUGUAAGUCCAAAAGCAUUGUCUCAGUGUAAGUCCAAAAUCAUUGGCUGAUUGUAAGUUCAUAAUCAUUGGCUGAGUGUAAGUUCAUAAUCAUUGUCUCAGUGUAAGUUCAUAAUCAUUGGCUGAGUGUAAGUUCAUAAUCAUUGGCUGAGUGUAAGUUCAUAAUCAUUGGCUGAGUGUAAGUUCAUAAUUAUUGGCUGAGUGUAAGUUCAUAAUCAUUGGCUGAGUGUAAGUUCAUAAUCAUUGGCUGAGUGUAAGUUCAUAAUCAUUGGCUGAGUGUAAGUUCAUACUCAUUGGCUGAGUGUAAAAUCAUAAUCAUUGUCUCAGUGUAAGUUCAUAAUCAUUGGCUGAGUGUAAGUUUAUAAUCAUUGGUCGAGUGUAAGUCCAUAAUCAUUGGCUGAGUGUAAGUUCAUAAUCAUUGGCUGAGUGUAAGUUUAUAAUCAUUGGCUGAGUGUAAGUCCAUAAUCAUUGGCUGAGUGUAAGUUCAUAAUCAUUGGCUGAGUGUAAGUUUAUAAUCAUUGGCUGAGUGUAAGUCCAUAAUCAUUGUCUGAGUGUAAGUCCAUAAUAAUUGGCUGAGUGUAAGUUCAUAAGCAUUGGCUUAGUGAACGUUCACAAUCAAUCUAUUAAUUUAAGUCCACAAUGCACAGACAACCAUAAAAACUCGAAAGUCGCUGGUGUUCCGUGGCUAGUAUGAUACUGACGCCCCUGGUGACCAUGUGUAUUGUUUCGGUGAUGUCCCCACUUCAUAUGUUCGGAGGGGUUAUUGGCAGAAAAAUAAUAAAUAAAAUUAAGUUCAUUUUCUUUGUUCAUUGCCGUGUAAUGGCAUCUAGUUUUUCUGAGUAUGUAACUAAGUAUAUAGGUUCAUUAUGUAACUAGCUAAUUCAUGCAUCAUAUAACUAACUAUAUAUGUAUCAUGUAAACUAACUAAUACGUGAAUCAUGUAACUAACCAUAUACGUGUAUCGUGCAACUAUCUAUACAGGUGUAUCAUGUAAUUAAUACUUGUAUCAAUGUAACUAAUACGUGUAUCAUGUAACUAAUACGUAUAUCAUGUAACUAACUUUAUAUGUGUAUCAUGAAACUAACUAUAUACAUGUAUCAUGUAACUAACUAAUAGGAGUAUAAUGAAACUAACGAUAUAUGUCUAUCAUAUAACAAUUUAUAUACGUGGAUUAUGUAACUAUUAUAUACGUGUAUCAUGUAAGUAACUAAUACGUGUAGCAUGUAAGUAGCUAAUACAUGUAGCGUGUAAGUAACUAAUAUAUGUAGCAUAUAAGUAACUAAUACAUGUAGCACGUAAGAUACUCAUAUGUGAAGCAUGUAAGUAACUAAUACAUGUAGCAUGUAAGUAACUUAUACGUGUAUCAUGUACGUAACUAAUACGUGUAGCAUGUAAGUCGUGUAACAUGAAAGCAUCUAAUACAUGUAGCAUGUAAGUAACUAAUACGUGUAGCAUGUAAGUAACUAAUACAUGUAGCAUGUAAGUAACUAAUACAUGUAGCAUGUAAGUAUCUAAUACGUGUAGCGUGUAAAUAAGUAAUGCGUGUAGCAUGUAAGUAAAUAAAACAUGUAGCAUGUAAGUAACUAAUACAUGUAGCAUUAAGUAAAUAAUACAUGUAGCAUUUAAGUAACUCAUAUAUGUGGCAUGUAAGUAACUAAUACAUGUAGCAUAAAAGUAACUAAUACAUGUAGCACGUAAGUAACUAAUACGUGUAGCAUGUAAGUAACUAAUACAUGUAGCAUGUAAGUAAUUUAUACGUCUAUCAUGUACGCAACUAAUACGUGUAGCAUGUAAGUAACUAACACGUGUAGCAUGUAAGUAACUAAUACGUGUAGCAUGUAAGUAACUAAUACGUGUAGCAUUUACAGAAACUAAUACAUGUAGCAUGUAAGUAACUAAUACGUGUAGCAUGUAAGUAACUAAUACAUGUAGGAUGUAAGUAACUAAUAUAUGUAGCAUGUAAGUCGUGUAACAUGUCAGUAACUAAUACUUAUAGCAUGUAAGUAACUAAUUCGUUUAGCAUAAAAGUAACUAAUAUGUCUAUCAUGUACGUAACUAAUACGUGUAGCAUGUAAGUAGCUAAUACAUGUAGCAUGUAAGUAACUAAACGUGUAGCAUGUAAGUCGUGUAACAUGUCAGUAACUAAUACAUGUAGCAUGUAAGUAACUAAUACGUGUAGCAUGUAAAUAACUAAUACAUGUAGCAUGUAAGUAACUAAUAUGUGUAACAUUUAAGUCGUGGAACAUGUAAGUAACUAAUACGUGUAACAUGUAAGUAACUAAUACUGUAGCAUGUAAGUAACUAAUACGUGUAGCAUGUAAGUAACUAAUACAUGUAGGAUGUAAGUAACUAAUAUAUGUAGCAUGUAAGUCGUGUAACAUGUCAGUAACUAAUACUUGUAGCAUGUAAGUAACUAAUUCGUUUAGCAUAAAAGUAACUAAUACGUGUAUCAUGUUCGUAACGAAUACGUGUAGCAUGUAAAAAACUAAUACAUGUAGCAUGUAAGUAACUAAUACAAGUAGCAUGUAAGUAAGGUAUACGUAUAUCAUGUCAGUAACUAAUACGUGUAGCAUGUAAGAAACUAAUACGUGUAUCAUGUACGUAACUAAUACGUGUAGCAUGUACGUAACUAAUAAGUGUCGCAUGUAAGUAACUAUUACGUGUAGCAUUUAAGUAACUAAUAAAUGAAGCAUGUAAGUAACUUAUACAUGUAUCAUGUAAGUAACUUAUACGUGUAUCUUGUAAGUAACUAUUACAUGUAGCAUGUAAGUAAUUUAUACGUGUAUCAUGUACGUAACUAAUACGUGUAGCAUGUAAGUAACUUAUACGUGUAGUAUAUAAGGUAACUAAUACAUGUAGCAUGUAAAGAAACUAAUACGUGUAGCAUAUAAGUAACUAAUAUGUGUAGCAUGUAAGUUACUAAUACGUGUAGCAUGUAAGUAACUAAUACCUGUAGCAUGUAAGUAACUUAUACGUGUGUGAUGUACGUAACUAAUACGUGUAGCAUGUAAGUAACUAAUACGUUUAGCAUGUAAGUAACUAAUACUUGUAGCAUGUAAGUAACUUAUACGUGUAGCACAUAAGUAACUAAUAUGUGUAGCAUAUAAGUAACUAAUAUGUGUAGCAUGUAAGUAACUAAUACGUGUAGCAUAUAAGUAACUAAUAUGUGUAGCAUAUAAGUAACUAAUAUGUGUAGCAUGUAAGUAACUAAUACGUGUAGCAUGUAAGUAACUUAUACGUGUAUGAUGUACGUAACUAAUACGUGUAGCAUGUAAGUAACUAAUACGUUUAGCAUGUAAGUAACUAAUACAUGUAGCAUGUAAGUAGCUAAUAUGUGUAGCAUGUAAGUCGUGGAACAUGUAAGUAACUAAUACAUGUAGCAUGUAAGUAACUUAUAAGUUUAGCAUGUAAUUAACUAAUACGUGUAGCAUUUAAGUAACUAAUACGUGUAGCAUGUAAGUAACAAAUACAUGGAACAUGUAAGUAACUAAUGCAUGUAACUAAUAAGUAACAUGUAAGUAACUUAUACGUGUACCAUGUACGUAACUAAUACGUGUAGCAUGUAAGUAACAAAUACGUGGAACAUGUAAGUAACUAAUACAUGUAGCAUGUAAUUAACUUAUACGUGUAUCAUGUACGUAACUAAUACGUGUAUCAUGUACGUAACUAACACGUAGAACAUGUAAGUAACUAAUACAUGUAGCAUGUAAAUAACUAAUAUGUGUAACAUGUAAGUCAUGGAACAUGUAAGUAACUAAUACGUGUAACAUGUAAGUAACUAAUACAUGUAGCAUGUAAGUAACUAAUAUAUGUAGCAUGUAAGUCGUGAAACAUGUAAGUAACUAAUACAUUUAGCAUGUAAGUAACUAAUACAUGUAGCAUGUAAGUAACUAAUACAAGUAGCAUGUAAGUAAGGUAUACGUAUAUCAUGUCAGUAACUAAUACGUGUAGCAUGUAAGUAACUAAUACGUGUAUCAUGUACGUAACUAAUACGUGUAGCAUGUACGUAACUAAUAAGUGUCACAUGUAAGUAACUAUUACGUGUAGCAUUUAAGUAACUAAUAAAUGUAGCAUGUACGUAACUUAUACAUGUAUCAUGUAAGUAACUUAUACGUGUAUCAUGUAAGUAACUAUUACAUGUAGCAUAUAAGUAAUUUAUACGUGUAUCAUGUACGUAACAAAUACGUGUAGCAUGUAAGUAACUUAUACGUGUAGCAUAUAAGGUAACUAAUAUAUGUAGCAUGUAAGUAACUAAUACGUGUAGCAUAUAAGUAACUAAUAUGUGUAGCAUGUAAGUUACUAAUACGUGUAGCAUGUAAGUAACUAAUACGUGUAGCAUGUAAGUAACUUAUACGUGUAUGAUGUACGUAACUAAUACGUGUAGCAUGUAAGUAACUAAUACGUUUAGCAUGUAAGUAACUAAUACAUGUAGCAUGUACGUAAAUAAUACGUGUAGCAUGUAAGUAACUAAUACAUGUAGCAUGUAAGUAACUAAUAUAUGUAGCAUGUAAGUCGUGGAACAUGUAAGUAACUAAUACAUGUAGCAUGUAAGUAACUUAUAAGUUUAGCAUGUAAUUAACAAAUACGUGUAGCAUUUAAGUAACUAAUACGUGUAGCAUGUAAGUAACAAAUACGUGGAACAUGUAAGUAACUAAUGCAUGUAACUAAUAAGUAACAUGUAAGUAACUUAUACGUGUACCAUGUAUGUAACUAAUACGUGUAGCAUGUAAGUAACAAAUACCAUGUAAGUAACAAAUACGUGGAACAUGUAAGUAACUAAUAAAUGUAGCAUGUAAUUAACUUACACGUGUAUCAUGUACGUAACUAAUACGUGUAUCAUGUACGUAACUAACACGUAUAACAUGUAAGUAACUAAUACAUGUAGCAUGUAAAUAACUAAUAUGUGUAACAUGUAUGUACCUAAUACGUGUAUCAUGUACGUAACUAACACGUGUAGCAUGUAAGUAACUAAUAAAUGUAGCAUGUAAAUAACUAAUAUGUGUAACAUGUAAGUCAUGGAACAUGUAAGUAACUAAUACGUGUAGCAUGUAAAUAACUAAUACAUGUAACAUGUAAGUAACUAAUAUGUGUACCAUGUAAGUCGUGGAACAUGUAAGUAACUAAUACGUGUAGCAUGUAAGUAACUAAUACGUGUAGCAUGUAAGUAACUAAUAUAUGUAGCAUGUAAGUAACUAAUACGUUUAGUAUGUAAGUAACUAAUACAUGUAGCAUGUAAGUAACUAAUACAUGUAGCAUGUAAGUAAGGUAUACGUAUAUCAUGUCAGUAACUUAUACGUGUAGCAUGUAAGUAACUAAUAGGUGUAUCAUGUACGUAACUAAUACGUGUAGCAUGUACGUAACUAAUACGUGUCGUAUGUAAGUAACCAUUACGUGUAUUAUGUAAAUAACUAAUACAAGUAGCAUGUAAGUAACUUAUAAGUGAAUCAUGUAAAUAACUAAUACAAGUAGCAUGUAAGUAACUUAUAAGUGAAUCAUGUAAAUAACUAAUACGUGUAGCAUGUAAGUAACUAAUACAUGUAGCAUGUAAGUAAGUAAUACAUGUAGCAUGUAAGUAACUAAUAUGUGUAUCAUGUAAGUAACUAAUACGUGUAGCAUGUAAGUAACUAAUACAUGUAGCAGGUAAGUAACUAAUGCGUGUAUCAUGUAAAUAACUAAUACGUGUAGCAUGUAAGUAACUAAUACGUGUAUCAUGUAGCAUGUAAGUAACUUAUACGUGUAUCUUGUAAGUAACUAAUACAUGUAGCAUGUAAGUAACUAAUACAUGUAGCAUGUAAGUAACUAAUACGUGUAUCAUGUACGUAACUAAUACGUGUAGCAUGUAAGUGACUAAUACAUGUAGCAUGUAAGUAACUAAUGCGUGUAUCAUGUAAAUAACUAAUACUUGUAGCAUGUAAGUAACUAAUACGUGUAUCAUGUAAGUAACUAAUAUAUGUAGUAUGUAAGUAACUAAUACGUGUAGCAUGUAAGUAACUAAUAUAUGUAGUAUGUAAGUAACUAAUACGUGUAGCAUGUAAGCAACUAAUACAUGUACCAUGUAAGUAACUAAUAAGUGUAUCAUGUACGUAACUAAUACGUGUACCUUGUAAGUAACAAAUACAUGUAGCAUGUAAGUAAGUAAUACGUUUAGCAUGUACGUAAUUAAUACGUGUAUCAAGUAAGUAACUAAUACGUGUAGCAUGUAAGUAACUAAUACGUGUAGCAUGUAAGUAACUAAUACUGUAGCAUGUAAGUAACUAAUACAUAUAGCAUGUAAGUAACUAUUACAUGUAGCACUUAAGAAACGAAUACGUGUAGCUCGUAAGUAACUAUUACGUGUAGCUUACAACUAACUAUAUAGGUUUAUUUUAUUCCCAGUCAAAGGUGCAGUAGGUACCCACCUUCAAAAUGUGACAACUCGCUUGUCUCAUGCUGGAUCGUCCUCCCCCUCCUCUGACAGAGAGUGC